ACGGAGCGCACGGCACACCCGGACCCGCUCCUGCGCUCGGCCCGCCCCGGAAGGGCUCUGCCGUGCGGCGGAACGCACGGAGCGCACGCGGCAGCGCCAUGGCGAGCCGGAGGAGCCCCUUGGACCGCGGGCAGGUGAAGAAGGCGGUGGAGGCUCUCUUGGCUUUCUCCAGGAAAAAGGCAAAGGGAGACGCGCUGCUCCUCAACGAGAGCGAGAGCGUCCAUCUCCAGGUGACGGUGUGGAAGGUCCCGCAGGUGGCAAAGGUCAUCAGAAUACCACUUCCCCAUGGCAUUCGACCAGAAACAGCUGAUGUUUGCCUGUUCACAAAGGAUGAACCAAAUUUAUCAGCAGAACAGACUGAAAAUCUGUACAAGAAACUUUUACUCCGGAAUGGAAUCAGAAGUAUUAGCCGGAUCAUCUCGUACAAAACCCUCAAAAAGGAGUAUAAAAUGUUUGAAGCGAAGCAGCGCCUCCUCAACAGUUUUGAUCUCUUUCUCUCUGAUGACCGAAUUAGAAGGCUUUUGCCCUCACAUCUAGGAAAACACUUCUAUGAAAAGAAAAAGGCACCUUUAUCUGUGAACCUGAAAGCCAAAGAUCUUGCCAAGGAACUAGAAAGAUACAUCCAAGGGACUAUACUCCCAGUUAAUAACAAAGGGUGCUGUUAUACAAUGCGCAUAGGUCACACUGGGAUGAAAGUGGACGAGAUACUUGAGAAUAUCAUGGCAGCAGCAAAAGUGAUUGGUGACAAGUUACCAAAGAAAUGGAAAAAUGUAAAAAUUCUUCACCUCAAAACACUUAAAUCAGUUGCACUCCCAAUAUUCACUGCGAAUAUCUCCAACCUGGAUGAGCUUGACAAACAGCCACCUCUCAAGAAAAAUAAAGUAAAGAAGGCAAAACCCAAGAAAGCGAAGAGGACAGCUAAAAAACUGAAGCCAAGUCAAGUCACUGUGACAACAGAAAGUAAAGCUGCUGCUGGUACCCAGGAGCCUGUGAGAAAAGAAAACAUAGAAAUAGUCCAAGAACCAGGUGAUUGUGAUGAUGAAGAAAUUCCACAACUGGUGCCUAUACAAACAACAAGCUCAGCUGACCUGAAGAACAUGGGACCAAGCUCAGAAAAAGGUGACAAUUUGGGCAAGAAAACCAAAACACUUCUUGGUAAGAGAAAGAAAACAUCUCUAGUGGAUGAUACUCCAAAAUCGAAACCUGAGGUUACAGAAGAGUGUGCAAACUUGCAGACUUCAUCAAAAGAGAAAAAAGCCAAGCAGGUCAGUAAUCCAAAGGAAGCAAUAAAAGAAAAAGACAUGAAAAAGGCUCCCAAAAAACCUGAAGCAAAGUCUUUUGCAACACCCAAAGCUGGCAAGUCACUACAGUCAGCCAGGAAGUCUCCAAAACUACAGAAGCAGGCACCCAAAAAGGUGCGCGUGCCGCAGUCAGCGUGAACGUUGCCUGUUGUAACAUAUUUUGUAUCAUCAUUUUCUGUAAACAAAUCUAUUGAUGAAGUAAAAUACCUUCGUAGGAAA